UUUUGUUAUUUUUUUUGUUUAAUCAAUGGAGAAAAUUCUUUAUACAAAAUUGGUGUUGGGAUUGCAGAUACGACUGGUCCACCAGUUGACAUAGUUUUCAUGGCGUAUGGCAAUUUUGAUCAAAAAGGAACUGGAAUACAUUUACGUACAUUUUCAAGAGCUUAUAUUAUCGAAAAAAAUAAUGAAAUAUUUGUAUUUGUAAGCGUUGAAUCAGCUAUGAUUAGUCACAAUGUUCGAGCUGAAGUUAUUGAUAAAUUAAAAAAAAAAUACAACAAUACAUUUACUGAUAAAAAUGUUAUGAUAAGUGCAUCACAUACUCAUUCAGCUCCAGGUGGAUCAAAUAAUUAUGCUUUGUAUGAUAUAUCAAUUUAUGGUUUCGUCAAAGAUUCAUUUGAUGCACUAGUAAAUGGAAUAACAAAGAGUAUUGAAGAAGCCAAGGAAAAUAUGGUUCAUGGUCGUAUUUUUAUAAAUCAUGGUAAAGUAUAUGAUGUAAAUAUCAACAGAAGUCCACUUGCAUAUAAACAAAAUCCAGAAGCUGAAAGAAACAAGUAUGAUGAUGAUGUUGAUAAAAUAAUGACACAAGUAAAAUUUAUUGAAGCAAAUAGUCAACGUCCAAUCGGUGUUAUCAAUUGGUUUGCUGUACAUUCAACAAGUAUGAACAAUACAAAUACACUUGUUUCAAGUGAUAAUUUUGGUUAUGCUUCAUUACUAUUUGAAAAAAAAAUGAACAAAAAAAAUAAAUAUACAAAUAAUAAGAAUAAAUUUGUUGCAUCAUUUUGUGUAACUAAUGCUGGUGAUUCAUCACCUAAUAUAAAAGGUCCAAGGUGUCAGUUUUCUAAUAAACCAUGUAAUUCAGUUGAUGGAUGUGAUGAAGAUGAAGGUAAAUGUGUUGCAUCAGGACCAGGAAAAAAUAUGUUUGAAAGUACUAGUAUCAUUGCUCAUAGACUUUUUCAUGGAUCAAUGAAUAUUUGGAAUAAUGGAAGUGGCAAAGAGUUGACUGGUGAAAUUAGAGUUGUUCAUCAGUAUGUUAAUAUGACAGAACAGACUGUUGAUUAUUAUGAUUCAUCAACAAACAAAACUGUUAAUGUAAAAGGCUGUCAACCAGCAAUGGGUGAGAGUUUUACAACAGGAACAUCUGAUGGUCCAGGUGUUGAACUUUAUCAAAAAAAGAAAGAAUUUACUGUGCUGGAUAUUUUUUUGUCUCCAUCAGAAUUGUUGAAAAAAUCUCAAACAAAGUUGUUAGAAACAAUUAUAGAUUGUGUAAAAAUAGCUGAUACAGAAAAUGAAAAAUGUCAUGGCUCAAAAAAAAUAAUAAUACCACAAAAAAUAUCAUUAGGAAAGUGUGUUGGUUUAUUUUCUGAUGAAAUAUUGAUAAUGUUGCCAGAUGUUGUGUCAACUCAAAUUGCAUUUAUUGGUGAUUUGAUUAUUGCUGGUGUACCAGGUGAAUUUACAACAAUGGCUGGAAGAAGAUUAAAAGAAAAAAUACAAAAUAUUGUUAAUGAUAAUGAAAAAAAUGUUGUUAUUGCUGGACUUUGUAAUACUUAUAGUGAUUACAUAACAACACCUGAAGAAUACCAACUUCAACUAUAUGAAGGUGGAUCAACAAUUUUUGGACCUCAUACAUUGACAAUAUAUCUCAAACAGUAUGAAAAACUUGCAUCUGCUGCAAUCAAUAUGAAUAAUUUGACAGAAGGGAUACCACCUGAAAUACUAGACCAUUUAUAUUUGUCAGCCUUUUUUUCUCCAGAAAAAUUGGUUGAGGACAAAUCAUAUAAUUCAGAAGAACCAUAUGGCUCUUGUGUAGAACAACCAAAGAUGACUGUUGUUUCUGGUGAUACUGUUUCAGCAGUUUUUCUUGCUGGUAAUCCAAGACAUAGUCUAAUGAAUAUAUCAUCUUAUUUAUUUAUCGAACAACAAAUUUCAAAUGACAAUAAUAAUUGGAAUAUUGUUGCAACUGAUGCUGAUUGGGAAACAAAAUUUGAAUGGAAGUCUGGAAAAACAACAAUAUCUUGGAAUAUUCCAAAAAAUAUAGAACCUGGUAAAUACAGAAUUUCUCAUCAAGGACAUUACAAAAAUGAUGGAACAAUUUUUCAUUACUACAAUUCAACACAAACUUUUGAGGCAAGUAAGAUCUAAAAUUAUUUAAUUCAGAUCAUUAAUAUUUUUUUUUCUUUCAGAUUAAGAGACGUUGCAAAAUAC